UCGGUGUGGUUACUUGUCAUCCCCUCCCUCUUCUGCUUCCCAGACACUGCGUCUGGAAUGAAAAUUCACCUGCCUCUGAGUUGGCCACUGGUGGGGGCAGGGGUGUUACUUGGGUUCCCAGGUUGGAAGAUUAUCUCACCCAGCCCUGUCUAUAUAAGCUGACCAGUGUGGAGGGGCUCACAAGGGAUUCAUUCCACAGGAGGAAAACAUACAGACAUGAAGAUGCUGAAAGUAGAAGAGCUGGUCACAGGGAAGAAGAACGGCAGCGGGGAUACAGGAGAGUUCCUUCCUGAGGAUUUCAGAGAUGGAGAGUAUGAAGCUGCUGUCACUCUAGAGAAGCAAGAGGACCUGAAAACACUUCCAGCCCACUCCAUGAGCCUGGGGGAGCAACAGUGGAAAACUGAGAAGCAACGAGAGGCAGAGCUCAAGAAGAAAAAACUAGAACAAAGAUCAAAGCUUGAAAAUUUAGAAGACCUUGAAAUAAUCAUUCAACUCAAGAAAAGGAAAAAGUACAGGAAAACUAAAGUUCCAGUUGUGAAGGAGCCUGAACCUGAAAUCAUUACAGAACCUGUGGAUGUGCCUAGGUUUCUGAAGGCUGCCCUGGAGAAUAAACUGCCAGUAGUAGAAAAAUUCUUGUCAGACAAGAACAAUCCAGAUGUCUGUGAUGAGUAUAAACGGACAGCUCUUCAUAGAGCGUGCUUGGAGGGACAUUUGGCAAUUGUGGAGAAGUUAAUGGAAGCUGGAGCCCAGAUCGAAUUCCGUGAUAUGCUUGAAUCCACAGCUCUCCACUGGGCAAGCCGUGGCGGAAACCUUGAUGUCUUAAAACUGUUGCUGAAUAAAGGAGCAAAAAUCAGUGCCCGGGAUAAGUUGCUCAGCACAGCGCUGCACGUGGCAGUGAGGACCGGCCACUACGAGUGCGCGGAGCAUCUCAUCGCCUGCGAGGCUGAUCUCAACGCCAAAGACCGAGAAGGAGACACCCCCCUGCAUGACGCUGUGAGACUGAAUCGUUACAAGAUGAUCAGACUCCUGAUUAUGUAUGGCGCUGACCUCAACAUCAAGAACUGUGCUGGGAAGACCCCAAUGGAUCUGGUGCUACAUUGGCAGAAUGGAACCAAAGCAAUAUUUGACAGCCUCAAAGAGAACUCCUACAAAACCUCUCGCAUAGCUACGUUUUAAGAGAAAUGACGACAGACUCUUUCCUCAGCUGCUCAUCAUCACUAUUUUGAAGGCACCGCCCCAAAGAAGAGCAACUAGUUGUGAAAUCCAGCUUCUCUUCACCAGCCUGUUGUAAAGCUGCACCUAAUGAAGUUUUGUGAAAGCACAGGGAUAGAGGUAUUGAAAUUUCUCUUACUGAAACUCACUUUAUUUAUUUUUAUUUAUUCCUGUUUAUUUAUUUUAAAAAAAAUUUACUUCGAUACCACUGAUAUUCAGCUCCUUCAUAAUCAUCCAUUUGGUGAGAAAACUUAAUUUGUAUAUAACACUUUGGAGCCUUCUUGUAGACAAUCCUUAAACCAUGUUAAUGAGCAAUGCUCUCAGUGCCUACCUACGCGUCACCUUGCUCAUGUAUUUUAAGGUGUUUUUUUAAAAGACAAAGGUGAUUAUGCAGUCCUCUUUUCUCUUGAAUUUUUAAUGCUGAAGUUUGAGGCAAUGGAAGGCAUGUGGUGACAGGGGAGGAAACAGUAGAACGAGAGUGAUUCUGUGGGGAAGACAGUAGAGCGAGCCUGGGCCUGGUAUUUCUUACCAAGUCAAGCACUGUACCAAGGCGACUAGAAUGUCAGGAAUGUGCGCGGGGCGCAGUGGAAGGAGCAGGCACCUGGGCCAUGCAGAACUGCAUCUGCUCAAAGACUACGAAAGUAACUGCAAAUUGUAAAUGUGUAAAUGUACAUUAUGUUGUAUGUAUACUUUAUAUUCAUAAUAAAAGCAACAAACU